AUGCGUCUCCGCCUCAUCCAGAUACCGGCUGUCCCGUCUCUCGGCGUCUACCCUACCUACCGCACCGCCGCCGCCGUCCAGGAGCUCAUCCGGCGGCAGUUUCUUGAUGCCAAGCUGACGUCAGGGCCGUCGGCACUGUUGCCGCCACCGCCGACCGUCCUCUCCUUCACGCCAAGCCCUACAUUUACGCUGGGCCGUCGGCAGCACGAGGACGAUGUCAGCGAGGCCGACAUGGCCCGUCUGCGUGCCCCGCUGACGGUCGUGACGCGUGACGAAGAUGCCGAGAAGGACAUUGCCGAGAGCCACGAUCCCGAACGCGAACGCGAACGCGAACACGAAAACAACCACGCCCCCCGACGACACAACCGACACACGCACGAGGCCUACACCUUCCAGCCGGCCGUGCAGAGCUCGCCGCGCGGCGGCCUGACCACGUACCACGGGCCUGGUCAGGCCGUGCUCUGGCCCAUCUUCGACCUCAAGUCGCCGCUGCAUCGCCACUUCACCGUUCGCUGCUACAGCCGCCUGCUCGAGGACACCACGGCCGACGUGCUGCGGCGCCGCUACGGCGUCGACGCCUGCACCACCGCCGAUCCGGGCCUCUGGGUGGGCGAGCCCGACGGCCGCAAGAUCGCUGCCCUCGGCGUCCAUCUGCGCCGCAACAUCAGCGCCCUCGGCGUCGCCGUCAACCUGGACACGCCCACCAAAGGAGCACAGGGCCAGAACAGCAACAAGAGCAGCAUCGCCGCCGACCAGCUCGCCAACCCCUGGCUCCGCUUCGUGCCUUGCGGUCUCGACGGCAAGGGCGUCACCUGCGUCGCCGACGAGGGCCGCCGUCGCUUCGGACAGGUUCCCGCCUCCUGGGACCUCCAGCCGGCUCCGUUUGCUGCCAAGUGGGCCGCUGCCCUGGCUGCCCGGCUCGGCCUCGAGGCCGACGUCGACGUCGCCGACGACCCAACCGUGCGCCGGCUGCUCGAGCAGGCUGGCGAAUACAUGGCCCGGCAGGAGGAGGACAAGCUGAGAGGCGUGGCCGCUUAG